AUGACAGAAACUAUAAAGAACUUAAAGGGGAACGACGAACAUCUCCUGCAAUUAAUGAAAAACCAGACGUCCAUCGUUGACUCCACGGUCAAUGUAAUGAUGAACUUGGAGCAAUCAACCCACAAAUCGAUGCAAACUCUAAACGCAGCUCUCAACCAUACCGCCACACAAACAAACAAAAUAGCCAAGGAAGUGCGGGAGCCAGAAGUGAUGCAGACCUUUUCAUCAGCAGCAUUGCAGCUCUUAUUAUCAGUCAACCACUAUCAAAAGGUACAAACAAGUUUUCUAGACAUCCUUAUUGACACACACCAUGGAAAAUUUAACCCGCAAUUGUUGGCACCACAACAAUUACAACAGGAGUUAUCCAACAUCAGGGAGGAACUACCUCCACAUUUACGGCUGCCAACUAAAUCGAACCAUCUACUAGAGCUGUAUAAUAUCAUGACUAUUGAAGGACGCAUCAUGGCAGAGCAUAUUAUCUUCCGAUUAAAACUACCAUUAAUAUCGGUCGAAAGUUUCGAGCUAUUCUAUAUUGUUCCUGUGCCCAUCUUUGCUAAUGGAAUCGUCACUGCAAUCACAACAACAUUACGUUAUCUAAUCGUUAAUUGGGAUCGUGACCAGUACUAUCCCCUGCCUGAUCAGGAGGUGGAGCACUGCCAUCGGACUCAGAAGUUCAACUACGUCUGCAGACAACCACAUCCCCUAUAUCGGAUAGGAUCAAGAGUGAAUGCAUGUGAAAUGAGCUUCAUCAGUCACAUUCCUUCCAAAGAACGUUGCAAAAUGUCCAAAUUAGACGUUGGAUAUAUUUCUUCGAAGGCAAAGUGA